UACAAGUGAUGGAAGAAGGAGAAGAGGAGCAUCGCGCAUGACGGAUUUAACCUUUGUGGACAAAAGCUAUUGUUCCUGAGCCGGAGGAGGAUUUAUUCUGCUGUGACUUACAUACUUCUUUUUCUUUCCUGUGACUCAGCUGACAGCAUGGGGAUACUGCUAUUAUUUGCUGUCUUGCAGGUGGUGACAGUCAGCCUGGUGACUGCUGGCUGCCCGGUGGUGUGUGAGUGUCCGGCGGGACCUCCGUCCUGUCCCCCAGGGGUCAGCUCGGUGCCAGACGGCUGCGGCUGCUGCAAGGUGUGCGCCGCUCAGCUCAACCAGGAUUGCCAUGAAGGGCGGCCCUGUGACCACCAUAAAGGCCUGGAGUGCAACUACGGCAACGAUGUGGGCCGUACCCAUGGCAUCUGCAGGGCAAAGGCAGAGGGCCGCUCCUGCGAAUACAACGGCCGCAUUUAUCAAAAUGGCGAGAAUUUCCGAGCUGGUUGCAAACACCAGUGCACCUGCAUCGACGGAGCGGUGGGCUGCGUGCCCCUCUGCCCCAGCCACGUGCCCCUGGCGUCCCCUUCCUGUCCCUCUCCACAGCUGGUCAAAGUACCAGGCCAGUGCUGCCUCACCAUCGACUGCCACAAGGGAACCACCGUCGUGCCCCCGGUGCACCGUCGACCCCAACCUCCAGCUUACCCGCCUUACCCCUUCAUCCCCUACCCAGCCUACCCCUUCCCGAAGCCUUACCCGAAGCCUUACCGGAAGCUGUACCCCUACAAACCCAAGAAGGAGAAGAACACCCUGGGCAACGAGCUGGUGGAGGUGGGGCGCAAGUGGGACAAGCCACGUGGAAACAAGCACCUGGCGGCCUGGAGGCAGGUGGGAGAUCAGUGCGUGGUUCAGACUACUUCCUGGUCCCAGUGUUCUCGGAGCUGCGGGAUGGGCGUCUCCUCUCGUGUUACCAACGACAACGCCCAGUGUAAGCUCAUCAAGGAGACGCGUCUGUGCAACAUCCGGCCCUGUAGCUCCAUGUCCAUCCCAGUCAAGAAAGGAAGGAAGUGCUCUCGUACCCAUAAGGCCCCUGAACCACACCGCCUGUCCUACGCCGGCUGCAGGAGCACACGUCUCUACAGGCCCAACUACUGCGGCGUGUGCAGGGACGGCCGUUGCUGCUCACCCCGUCGCACACGCACUGCCAGCGUGACCUUCGCCUGCCCUGAUGGCGAGCGCUUCAACAGGUCUGUGAUGUUCAUCCAGUCCUGUAAGUGCAGCGACGAGUGCAACCACCUCAACGAGGCCGCCAUGCCUCCUCAGCGAUGGCUCUACGGAGACACGCACAAAUUCAUCGACUAGUGGUAUCAACCCCCGCCCCCAACCUACAUUCCCCCAUAAACUAAGACAUUAACUCCCCCAUAGUGACCCCCGUUAUAGAAUAGCUGUCCUUAGUGUAUCUAUGAGUAGACGUUAGAGAGGUGCACACGUCUUUUCUGAAAGAUUAUUUGGGGAGGAAUGGGGCGAGAAGAAGGAAUCAGACCGGCGCAUCUCCACCUUGGACAGAGCAAAGUGAGCAGCCCCUGCUGUAGUGUAGAUAAGAGGUUGUGUCUGGUGUCGCCAGACUUCGACAGACUGUGAUGAAAUCUUUAUAGAUGCAACCGGCCGCCAUGUUGCUGCCAGGCACCAAGUGUCCCCUGAACUCUGAGACUUUGGUCGGGGACGCUGGAUCAAAAGCCGACGUGCUGGUGUUUCUUUUGUAGGUGGUGUGGAGCUGCAUCACAGUCACUGAGCAACAGGUCAGACUAGUCAAUAGAAAGCUGGUAUGACGUUGCUUCGGAGCCAAACAGGAAACCUGUUGGUGCACUCCGAUAAUUAGUAUUGAUAAACCAAAUGAAGACUCACGGAGAAGACUUGACAGCAAAGACUGGGAUCGUGAUGGCAGAAGAUGGAGGAGCAUCUCAGAUGUUCUCGCAGGAGUGUGGCUUGUGUCUUUUUAUGGUAUUUAUUCACUGGUAUUUAUUGUUGAGACAGACAUGAUGACACAGCGGCCUGCCACCAGGGAAGGCGGAGCUGCUAUGUUUGGAGCUUCAGCAUGGCUGAACGGGGACAAAACAGCUGAGAGCUGUCAGCCACGAGAAGGAGAGAAGGACUCCCACAGAUCCAGGGCUCGACCCUGGAGGUUACAGCAGUCAGAGAGCCGUAUCUAAUGAUGGAUGAUGAAGGCUACAGGAGAAGAGGUGUUGCAUACUAGAAAAAGAGUUGAACCUGACCGGUCGAGGCUUUGUGCGCAUUAGCGGGGGAAUAUGUCAAAGGUUGUUUACACAGCUGGACUCAUCCCCUGCCUCGCCUCCACAAGAGACUGAGAUAUUUAGCAAGCACCAGAAGAACAAGCCUGGGAUUCUGGCGCCGAGACGUCGACCGCCUAAUUCUGCGCAAAUUACAAUCCUGACUCGGAGGGGCGGCGAGAGCAAAUCAGCCACUCUCUGGUUUUGCUGUAAAAAUAAAAAUUGAAAACUGCGUGUGCUGGGGUAAACAUGUAAUUUGUGACUGGCGGGUGGAACCGCUCUGGUGCCCAAAUCUGGCCUGUAAUCGAGCAGCAUGCAGGCUCACUGACACAAAACAAUAACUCAUGCUUCCUCGUGUUUAAGUGGUGACUGUUUCUGAGAAAUGAAGGCUGCGUUGUCAGUUGACGUCACUGUCAGAGGCGGAGAGGAGCGACACGGCCCUGCAGAGGCCAAUGAGAACCUGUAUCUGAGGACAUUUUGAAAGAGGGGACUUUUGUAUUAUUCUGUAACUGUUGUAGCCAAAAUCCUUUACUAUGACUGAAGAACUUGAGCGUCUCACUCGACUGGGACACGGGUUCAAGUCCACGCACCUUAAGACAGCCUUGGUUCAUGACCUUUUAUCUCAAAGGUGACACAGAGGGACUGAGAGGUCAUUUCUAACUGAUUUUUACACAUUUUUAAGUGGGUGAAAUUAUUUAAAUCACCAUUUUAACAUUUCAAAGAUGUGUUUUCUUUCAUGCCAUAAAAUAGUGGCUUAGACAUGAUGUCAGUUUUUAUGUGAAACUGGAAAAUAUUUGCAUUUUCUACCAUCUUUCGGCUACAGUAGGCUUCCGUAGGUAAAAAACUCGAAGCCUGACAACCUUUGAACUUUACAGGUGAUUAACAAGAUGCUAUUUGCCUAUGUAGAUGCUGUGGUUUUGGUACUGUAUGUGUAGUUUUGUUAAAGGACACUAUAGAGCAGCUAUGUACAGAUGCAUUGUUACCUUUCUUUGUAGUUCUAUCUGCUGUAUAAGGGCCAAUCCGUUUACCGAGUUAUACUGAAGUAGUCCACGUAUAGUUUAGCACUGAACAGAGCAGGGUUCAGAUCCUUUAUGAGCGUUAAGUGCCAAGUUGAAAGCAUGAUGAUUGUAUGUCUUCUAGUGUACAUUAAUACCAUCUGUAAUAAUAAAGUCAUGCUUUGAAAGAUUACAUAUUGAAAUAAAUGUUCACAUGUUCCACACAACGACUUCUGUUGGAAACUGGUUGGAUUGUAAGAGUUGGAGUGAGUUCAUCAUUUCGCAUUUUCAAUAAAGACAUUUUCACUUCA